AAGAAAAAAAAUUCUAAUGAUCAGAAUUGUAAUCAUAAGUGUUUUUGUUUAAUUCUAAUUGAAGGUUAAUUUUUUUCGUGAUCCGUUUUUGUUUUUAUCUAAAUUGUGUUGUUAAUUGCUUGCUAAUUCUAAUUCUUUGAUUUCUUUUGUUUAAUUCUCUCAGUGUGUGGAUGUAGAAUUUUUUCUUCUAUCUCAUUUUCUCUCUUUCUCUCUCUCUCUCAGUCUCUUUUUCUCAUUUUCUCUUCUUUUUAUGUCUCUAAACAUUAAUAUUGUUGUUUUUUUUUUUAUAUUAAUGGCCUAAAAAAAGAAAGGUAAAAGAGGGAAACAAGUUAACAAUAUAACAAUUGUAAGAUAAGAAGUAUUUCUGUGAUCAUAUAUACAGAUCAUCAUCAUCACCAUCAUCCACAUUAACAACAACAUUGUUUUUAUUGUUCUCUUUUCUUUUUCUUUCUCUCCUUUCUUUUCUAAAAUCAUUUUUUUCUCUCACCAUGAUGGAUAAAGCUAUGGAGAAGAAAAUUGAUAGACGUUUUCCAUCUUCACCUUCAUCACCAGCCUCAUCUUCAUCCCUACACUCGGAGUCAAUGAAACCUGGAGAGGAAGAGGAGAGAGAAGGUUUUUCCAAUUCAACAAUGAUCAAAAUGAACUCUUCAACAAUUGAAACCCCGGUGACCAUUGAAGAUUUGAUUCCUUCUUCAGUUUCAUCUUCAUCAUCUUCUUCAUUACCCUCUUGGGGUUUCUCUUUACCCCAAUUUCCCGAGUUACCCAAAUUUCCCAGUAACCCGUUACCUUCAGUGAUUACACAAAAUCUUCAAGGUAUUCGGGGCUAUUUCCCUUCGAAUUUAAAUUUACCCAAUUUUUCUUCUGCCAUGACUUCUAUUCCCAUGUCAUCAGUUAUUUCCUCUUUUCCCUCUAUGCCAUCAAUGCCCUCAAUUCCAUCAAUGGUUUCUUCAGCAAUUAGUGGUGUCUCCUUUCAACAACCCACCCCAAUAAAAACAUGGUCUCAAUUAAAAGAUUCAGUUCGUCGGGCCCAUCGUAAAUUAUUUGAAAUCAGUGGCAGAGUCCCAUUCGCAUUCAAUUUUGCUCAACUAAAUCAAGGUAACACUGUGAUUGGAACCCGAAUUUAUUUCCUCUGCUCUAUGCUUAAUGGUUCAGAGAUUACUCUCUAUUAUUGUGAUAUCUUUGAAAAUAAUGGUACUAAUAAUUGUGUUAAAACUGAAUCAACCUCUUCUCAAUCAUCUCUUGACUCUGAUAUGGAUGCAAUAUCUUCAAUUAAACAAUCUUCUGAGCCCAAAGAGGAAUCUAAUGGUACAAGUUUCGCAAUAAAAUUAUCAAACUCUGAAAACACUUCAAAAUCAAAUGACAAUCCUACAAUUAAAGGUGCCCAUAAGAAUAAGUAUAUCUCAAUUGAAGAUGAAACAGAUAAUCCUGAUGAUGAUGAUGAUCAAGAUGAAGAAGAGGAAGCAGAUGAUGAGAACGAUGAAGAUGAAGAAGAGGAAGAAGAUGAUGAUGGUAUGCCCAUCGUUGAUGAUGAAGAAACUAUUGAAAAUAAUAGUUAUGGUGAUUCCAAUCAAGGGAAACCAACCAAUCUAUUAAGAAACUUUGAAUGGAAACCAUUAAUUGAUUUAAACAUGAAAAAUUGUCUCCCCGUGGAAACUAAUUUAGAUUCAUCAUCUAACAAUUACCAAGAAAAAUUACAAUUAGAAAGAAAACGAAUCAUGUUCAAUGGAAUUACCUCUUACGAGUAUGAAUCUAAUUGUAAACGUUUCGUAUUUACCUCAAAUGGUCAUCUAUUUUAUUUUGAUGAUAAUGGUUCACCUCCUUAUCAUCCCAUACGAGUUAACUCAAAUAGUAAAUCAGCCAAAAUUAACCCUGCUAUUUGUCCUACUAAUCCUGAUUUGAUAGCAUUCUUUUCGGACAAUGAUGUUUGGGUGACCCACAUAAAAACUGGUCAAGAACUCCGGUUAACAAAUACCAAGUACAAUGCCACUCGAAGAGCUCUUUCAGCCGGUUAUCCGUGUUAUGUGAUACAAGAGGAGUUUCGUCGAUAUACCGGAUUCUGGUGGAGACCCGGUCACUCUAAAUCCACCGGUGAAUCAACCAAAUUAGAGUAUAACAUUUUAUACGAAGAGGUUGAUGAAAGUGCUGUUGAUUUAAUGCAUUUACCAACAUCAACAGGAAUCGUUGAACAAUACAGAUUUCCUCGACCAGGAGGAUCUAAUGCUUCAUCAGACUUGAAAUUAGCAAGUUUCAAGUUUGACGAGUCAACCCAAUCACUGAGCGAUUCAAUGAGUGGACCUGUUCCUGGAUUACAGUCUCUCUACUCGAUUUAUCCGCACUUUGAAUACUUGGUGAGAUGUGGUUGGCACUCUCGUGACACUGUUUGGGUUCAACUUCUCAAUCGUCAACAAAAACAUCUAGUCUUGGGUUUAUUCAGUUUGAGUAAAUCUUUUCCAGCUCAAAUACUCCUUCGAGAAGAUAAUAGUCCAUAUUGGGUCAAUGUUCAUGAUUUUAUCUAUUUCCUACCUUCGAAUGCUGGUAAUAAUAAUCAUCAUCACUCUAGUUAUCAGCAACAAUCAAAUAAAGAAGAGGUAACAUUGAGACCAGGUAGUGAAGUUAAUUUUUUUUGGAUCUCAGAACGAACCGGAUUUCGCCAUAUUAACUUAAUUAAAGUGCAAUUAGUGGCUGAUGAAGAAGAUAUGAGAAGUAAAAUUGCAAAAAAGGAGCAUCUCCAAAGGGAUAUUAGUGGAAAUGGUACUGCAAGUGAAUCAAAUAAUAACAUGGAAGUGGAAGAUAAAAAUGAUUCAAGUCCGAACCAUGAAAAUGAUCUCAUUGGUUCUGAUCUCCAGUCAUUGCUUUUAGAAAGGAAACAAUUAACCUCAGGUGAAUGGGAAGUGAAUAAUAAGGAAAUUUGGAUUGAUGAAAGGAACGAGAUUGUCUAUUUUGUGGGUCUCAAAGAUACACCUUUGGAACGUCAUCUUUAUCGUGUCUCUUAUCGAGAUGAUUGUAAACGAAUCCAACGACUCACCGAAUUGGGUUUUUCUCACACCUUGAUAACAUUUAAUCCCAACUGUGAUCUCUAUGUAAACAUACAGAGUAAUAUCUCUAUCCCUCCGUUUGGUUUUGUCCAUAAAAAAGUCAACUCAUCGUCUUCAUUUUCAUCACCAUCAUCAUCACCUUCCUCAUCCCAAUUACCCAAUCACUUUGGUCAAUCAAACUCAUCGCCAGCAACCGGGAUAACAUCAAAUUCAAUUGACACAAUGUACUUCAAGAAACUUGGUUUCAUACUCAACAAUUCAUCUCACAAUUGGAACAUAUCUAUGGAUUCCAGUUGCUCCUCUUCAGAUGCACCAUCAACUUCAACAAUCAUGGUUGACAAUGAAUCGGCCGACAAUGUUUCCGGUAUGUCGAAACCUGAACUACUCACUUACCGAUUAAAAAGCUCUGGUGACAUUGUUUAUGGACUGGUUUUCAAACCUGAAUUCAUGGAGUCCGAUGUUAAAUAUCCUUGUGUUGUCGAUAUUUAUGGUGGACCUGAAGUUCAGGUUGUAACGAAUGCUUUUAAAUCAACCCGACUGGUUCGUCGUCAUUUACUAGCCGGAGAGGGAUAUGUUGUGGUUGCCAUUGAUGGUCGAGGUUCACAUAAUCGAGGUGCUAAAUUUGAGGGACACAUUCAAGGUCGAAUUGGUCAGGUUGAAAUAGCCGAUCAAGUUGAAGUUCUUGAAUGGUUAGCCGAAACCACUGGUUACAUUGACAUGUCCCGUGUGGCAAUUCAUGGUUGGUCUUAUGGUGGUUAUUUAUCCUUAAUGGGUCUCGCUCAGAGACCUGACAUAUUUAGAAUAGCGAUCGCUGGUGCUCCGGUAACCAAUUGGUCUCUCUACGAUACAGGGUACACCGAACGGUACCUUGACACCCCGUACGCUAAUCAAGCUGCCUAUGCAAAAGGGAAUGUACUUAAUUUAGCCAAAAAUUUUCCUGAUGAAGAAAACCGUCUUCUUCUAGUCCAUGGGUUAAUGGACGAAAACGUUCAUUUUAUACAUACCAUGCAAUUGAUUACAGCCUUAAUUAAAGCUGGUAAACCUUAUCAAAUUCAGGUUUUCCCAUCUGAGAGACAUUCUCUUCGUAAAGCUCCUUCCUGUGAACAUAAUGAGACUCAACUACUAUUCUUCCUGGAACAGCAUCUGAAACAAUUCAGUACAAAGCUCAUCAAUUUAUGAGAUUAUAAAAAAAUUCGCUAAUCUCUGAUACACACACACACAAUUUUUUUCCAUCCAUGGAACUUGAUCAUUCAUGUGAUUCCUGUUAAUCAUUAAAAACUCACACUAAACAUAAA